AGGUGGUUCUGAACCGAAGUUUUCACAUCUUAGGUCACUCCGUACCCGGGACGUUGCACCUCUUGGCUUGUUGCCGCAGCCCGAGCCCACUGGACUCUCACAGCUGCGAUGCAGAAUCUAAGCCUUGGGAACGGCGGAGCUACCCCAUCGGUCGCUUCCAGUGAGAGCCUAGCUCCUGACCGACUUUGUGACCUCCGCAAGGAAGAUGUUGUGGUGGGGUUGGGAAGAGUGGGAGAAGAAGGAAAACAAACGGUGAUAAAAAGAAGCAGUGAAUGUGACCCCCUCCCACAAGAACCCACUGCUGCUCCUCAGUGUGGCAGUACUGCAAUGACAGAGGGCCACCGGCCUGUCCCGUGUGGAUGGGAACGAGUUGUGAAACAGAGGUUAUCUGGGAAAACAGCAGGAAGGUUUGAUGUAUACUUUAUCAGCCCACAAGGACUGAAGUUCAGAUCCAAAAUAUCACUUGUUAAUUAUCUUCACAAAAAUGGAGAGACAUCUCUGAAGCCAGAAGACUUUGAUUUUACUGUAGUGUCUGAAAAGGUUGUCAAGUCAGGGCAUAAAGACUGCAGCCUGGUAGGUGUGACUUCCCAAUUGCAAAAUCAAAGUGACUUUUCAAACCGGAACAUCAGGACACGAAGCAGGUGGAAAAAAGAUAUGAUUCCUUUGCCAAGUAGUAGUUCAGAGUUGCAAGAUAGCAGAGGACGGUCUGGCUUUAAUUCCAUUCACUUGCAUUUGAAAGAAGAUGAAGGUGUUCAUAAAUUCAGGAAGGUUAGUAAGUCCAGAAGAAAGGUGACAGUUUUGAAAGGAAUUCAAAUUAAGAAAACCAAAAGCAAAUAUAGGAAGAGUCUUCCAGAUUCUGUUCAAAGUAAUAGAAGAGAAUGUGUGCCUCAUAGAGCAGAUGCUGAAGAGGAGCCUGUUGCUCAAGAAGACCAGCUGGAUGACUCUUCCUGCAGUUCUGAUGCCAAAGCAGGCAGGGAGGCCCUCAGUGUGACCGAUGGAGAAGACAGCCUUGCAAAAGAAGAAUUACUGAGUUCAGGAUCAGACGUUCAUCUUGAACAGAUAACUUCUGGCAUCACAAACAAAUUAUGUUCAACUGAAGAAGCAGACCAUGAGAAGCGUGAGGAUACCUUUUUAGAACAAGAGGAAACCAGAACAACAGCAGAAGAUGGGGGAAAGAAGGAGCAUUUGCAUCUUGACAUUUUAAAAUGUGGCUCUGAAACGCACAACUGCUCCCUAGCCAAGAGCGACUUGACUUCUGAGAAAACAUUUCAAGAAGACAUCCUGCGAACACAAAUAGAAAAACGGAAAACAAGCCUGUAUUUUUCCAGCAAGUAUAACAAAGAAGCUCUUAGCCCCCCACGACGCAAAGCCUUCAGGAAAUGGACCCCUCCUCGGUCACCUUUUAAUCUCGUCCAAGAAACACUUUUUCACGAUCCCUGGAAACUCCUCAUCGCGACUAUAUUUCUGAAUCGGACCUCAGGCAAAAUGGCGAUCCCUGUGCUUUGGGAGUUUCUAGAGAAGUACCCUUCGGCCGAGGUAGCAAGAACUGCAGACUGGAGAGACGUGUCAGAACUUCUUAAGCCUCUUGGUCUCUACGAUCUCCGGGCAAAAACCAUUAUCAAGUUCUCAGAUGAGUAUCUGACAAAGCAGUGGAAGUAUCCAAUCGAGCUUCAUGGGAUUGGUAAAUACGGCAAUGACUCUUACCGAAUUUUCUGCGUCAAUGAGUGGAAGCAGGUGCACCCUGAAGACCACAAGUUAAAUAAAUAUCAUGACUGGCUUUGGGAAAAUCAUGAAAAACUAAACCUGUCUUAAACCCUGUAUGUUUCCUAACUGUGUUUUAUGCAUUGCUUUGCACUUGCUUCUAAGAGCUCCAUUCUACAAAGCCAGCCAUAUUUCCAGGCAUGUAGAUUGUCACUAGCUCAACUGGAAGCCCAGUGUCUAUUGUCUUAGUGUGCGUGCCACUGGUGGAUCUUUGAUGCUGAAGAUUCUAGAAUAUAUUUUGAGAUUUUUUUCUAAAUAAAU